CCUUGCACGAAGAGAAAAGUAUCAUCAAGGGGAAAAGCUUCCCUGAUUUCACACAUAUACUUGGACUUAAAUUGUAGGGUGAACUUGUUACCCGAUUAUAAUAUAGUUCCCGGAAUUAUUUGUUAUUGGCAUUCCAAUGCGUUGAUUCAUACCCAAAUUUCAGCGACUAAAAGCUUGUUUUUAAAGCCAUAUUUGCUGUAAUCUUGACACACUAGGUUGCAUCAUAUUCAUUCAUCUAGUGAUCCCAAUAAGUUUUGGUCCUUUUUCCUACUCUAGAUAUUCGAAUCACGUUGAGAAUUAUAUGUCGUUCUUCUCGGGGUCCCGAGUCUUGAAGUUUAAUGCCGAUUACAUAUGAUCGACGAAUGAUGGGAUGCAGUAGCUGAUAUGAGACCGACUAUUUCAUGCCAUAUUUACCCAUAGUUUAAACUAAUUUUAUAAUUUCCUUGAUUAUUUGUGCGAUAACAGGGCUUUUCUGGGCAAUUUUCGCUAUCGAAACCUCUGUUUUUGACAAUCUUUUGCGGUUAUGAUAGCUUUUAUGCUUUAAGAAGCAGUUUAAAUUUAGAAUGUCUUCCCAUCCCAGGUCUCUUUCUUGGAUUGUGGUCUCAAUGGGAGGCUUAGCUGUAUUUUUAAUUUGUGCUUCCUGGGUUCUUGUAUCUUACCCCGUUGGUGCCUCAAUUCAUGGAUAUUUCUAUGGUGUAGACAAUGUUGAAAAGUUUGAUUUGCCAGUCUCUCCAAUCAAUACAAAUGUUAACUUGAAUGAAAGUUUGGAUCUAGUCCAUAAUGAUGUAUCUUCUGAUCUACAAUCUCCAACAGUUUCCUCUAGUUAUCUGUCAACUAAUACAAACAGAGAACACAAUGAUACCAUAUCAAAUUCAUCAGUAUCCUUCCAUGAUUCUACUUCACCAAAAUUUCCAAAAACCAAGGAGAUGAAUGGAUUAGAAACUUCUGUUGCUUCAGCUUCUAACCCACAAGAACAUGUGGUACCACUGGGCUUCCGGGAAGAAGUGGUUAAUAUUAGCUUACCCAUUCAUUCAAAUGCAGCAUCUUCUACUGCAGAUAGUGGUACCAAUUCUUCUAAUAUGACAAGUAAUAUUAGAAUCAAUGAACCUGCUUCUGUGCAUUUGAUAGAUGUGUCAAGUGCCAUAAGUACAUCAUCAAAUGGGAACUCUUUACCUCCUGUUUCCAUAUCAAAGCCCGUUCAAGCAUCAUCUGGGGCUUCAAAUAAUGCAUCCCAUGUUGGUAUAGUUGAUUCAGGCUGUGAUUUAUACCAUGGCAAUUGGAUACAUGAUCCAUUGGGACCAUUAUAUACAAACAAUUCAUGCCCUAUAUUGACUCAGAUGCAGAACUGUCAGGGUAAUGGAAGACCUGACAGGGAUUAUGAGAAUUGGAGAUGGAAGCCCUUUCAGUGUGAGCUCCCACGAUUUGAUCCAAAUAAAUUUUUGGAGCUAAUGAGAGGGAAGACCUUGGCUUUUAUUGGAGAUUCAGUAGCUCGAAAUCAGAUGGAAUCAAUGUUGUGUAUCCUUUGGCAGGUAGAGGUACCCAAGAACAGGGGAAACAGAAACAUGCAACGAUAUUAUUUCAGGUCCGCAUCAGUAAUGAUUGUUCGGAUAUGGUCCUCUUGGCUUGUGAAAGUCACAAAUGAGCCUUUUGAUUUUGCUCCAGCUGGUGUGGACAAGCUCCAUCUUGAUGCCCCUGAUGAAAAGGUCAUGAACUUUAUCCCAACCUUUGAUGUGGUCGUCCUUUCUUCUGGCCACUGGUUUGCGAAGCAAUCUGUAUACAUACUUAACAGUGAGAUAGUAGGAGGCCAGUUGUGGUGGCCAGACAAGUCCAUACCUAUGAAGGUCAAUAACAUAGAAGCAUAUGGGAUAUCUGUUGAAACAAUCCUCACUGCUCUUUUUAAUCAUCCAAAUUACACAGGACUCACCAUUUUGCGCUCCCAUUCACCAGAUCAUUAUGAGGGUGGGGCUUGGAAUACAGGAGGAUCAUGCACCGGGAAACUUAAGCCUCUUGCAGCUGGUGAAAUGGUGAGAAAUGGUUAUACUGACACAAUGCAUGAGAAACAAGUUAACGGGUUUAACCUUGCAAUGAAGAAGGCAAGGAACAGAUCAAAGUUGAUAUUGAUGGAUAUCACUGAUGCAUUUCAGUACCGCCAUGAUGGUCAUCCAGGUCCAUACAGGAGCCCUGACCUAAAUAAGAUCACAAAACGUGGAGCUGAUGGAAGGGCCCCACCACAGGAUUGCUUGCAUUGGUGCAUGCCUGGUCCUGUGGAUACCUGGAAUGAAUUAGUGUUUGAAAUCAUUAGGAGAGAGUUUAAUAGUGGAAGGUCACCAUGAACCUGAAGUUCAUUUCUUUUCCAGGCCCCCCUCCUUGAUAUUUGUCAGCUAGAAUCUUCAGGUAAAGAUAGAAAUCCAUUAUUAAAAAAGUUCCAUCACCUUGGGAGCUAGAAUUUUUCAUAGGCUAAAUUCGUUCAUCCCUUAAUUCCUUUGUAUCUAGCAAUAUAUGUAUAUAUAUAUAUAGUAUGAUCUGGUUUCACUCCAUUGAAUUAAAUUGUUACCUGUUGUAAUAAGUGAGGCGUAGUGACAUUUUGUU